AUGGUGUUGAGAAUAAACUCAAUUCCUUAUUUUUGUGUUCACAUCAAAGUAGGGCUCUUAGUCGUCGAAGAAACUCAACCAACGCCUACUAUACAUAUCAUCUCGAAGCGAUCUUCGGAAUCUAUCCCCGCUGCCGGUGACUGGGGAUGGGCUGAUGGGGAACCCAAAACUGGGUUAACGCUGUAG